UCUCCUUGCUCGCUCGAUCCCCAAAUCAAAUCGCUGUCCUCCACCCAACCCUAACCCUAGCCGCUCGAGCCGCCGUCCUCGAUCCCCAAAUCCCUUCUACUCCCUCCACCCUCCACCCAACCCUAGCAAGCCGCCAUGGGCCAUUCGAUCGUUCUGUUCGGGCGCGUGGUUGAUUUCUCCUUCCUCGAGCCGGCGACCGGCGGAGGCGGCGGAGAGUUAAUCUGCUCCGCGUGGGAAGGAAUAUACGGGCUACAGAGCCAGCAAGAGCUUCGUGACGCAGGCACCGAGUACAUGGGGACCUUCAAGGCAAGCGCAGUCAUCGCCGAUCCGCCGCAACUCUGCUCCCUCCGCAUACUGGUGCCGACGGAAUACUUUUCGGUCCCGCCGCCACUCCAAGACAUGCACUUCGCCCGCAUCUCCAGCGCGGACAGGCACCUGUUCGCCCUCCGCGCCGGCGAUUGGCGCCCUGGCAGCGGUAUGAUGGACAUAGGAGGCUACCUCAUCUACGACGCCUGUAAGGACUCCCUCUCCGUGGUCCCCAAGCUUCUGGAGGACGACUUCCAUGCCGCCAUCGGGUGCCAGUCGGCCGUCGUCAUGUGCAACGGGGACGACGGCGGAUAUUUUCUUGCCGAACUCGUCUGGCUCAGGCCGAAAUACUCCCAAGCAGCCAUCUGGCUGUGGAAGUCGUCCGCCCCAGGAUGGUCCUUGAAUCCCGCGCACCUGAGCCUUCCGCCUGGCUUCUGCUCCAGCUUGUCUUUCUCUUAUCGGGGAUCUAUCCUCUGCUGGGUGGAUCUCCUCGGAGGCAUGGUCAUGUGUGAUCUGGGCAAAGAUUGCAGCAACUUGGACCGCCCGGAGCUCCGUUUCAUUCAGUUGCCCAAAGAUUGUCCAUCCUAUGAUAGCAGCGACCUCUGUAAUCGAUACCACCUCUGCCCUGAGAAGUUCCGUUCCAUGGCAUGUGUAGGCGACACCAUCAAGUUCGUCACCAUGGAUGGCAAUGUUGAAGAACAAGGCUUUGCUCUGACCGUCUAUUCUCUGUUGCCUGACCUGUCAGACUGGGAAAUAAGCAGCAAGUACAAUGUUGAAAACAUAUGGGCAAACGAGUCAUACCAGUCUACUACUAGCAUGGCAAAGAUUCCUCCGUCGUUCCCUGUUCUGAGCACCCAUGAAGACGGUGUCAUCUACCUAGUCUUCACCGAUCUCACGGUGGUCGAUGAUCCACCACAUGUCUCAGGGUGGACAGGCCAGCGUCGAGUAGUGUUCAAAAGCCAGUAUUUGGUUCGUGUCGACAUUGAGAACAACAAAGUCCACUGCUAUCCACCGACUACAGAUUGUUCUAUUGAUGACUAUCUCUUGUGCAGUGAUUUCAGUGCCUACCGACAGUGUGUACAGGAUCACCCGAGAGAGAUAGAAGCAACUGAGAUGGUGGCAAGUGGAAAGAGGAUGAAGCUUUGAGAUGUUGGUAACAUGACAUGUGGAACCGCCACUUAGGUCCACCACUGGAGACAUUUCAUGUUAUCAUUAUCAGAUGUUAGUAGUUAAAACUGAAUGGUGGGUAUUAUGUGCUGUCAGCCAUGCCUUUAUAUGUACUGAGUGGCUUGUUUUGGAUUUGUAACUGGUCGUGGCCGUUCCAUGUGCACUUUGUU